GAAUUUUUCAAGCAGAAACUAACUGCAGAGCUUCCGGUUGGCCAGCACUCACAGGAAUGAAGACAAUCACAGAGAUGGUGUGUCUAAGAAAUUUCAAAAGGUGUAGGCCUCCUGACUGAAGAACAGUCAACGUCUCCGAUUCAUUUUCCUCACUAUACUUCUGUACUCCUACAAGGGGAAGUCAUGAUUACACUAACAGAGCUAAAAUGUUUAGCAGACGCCCAGUCAUGUUAUCACAUCCUGAAACCGUGGUGGGAUGUCUUCUGGUAUUACAUCACCCUGAUCAUGCUGCUGGUGGCCGUGCUGGCUGGAGCCCUCCAGCUGACACAGAGCAGGGUUCUGUGCUGUCUCCCAUGUAAGGUGGAGUUCGACAAUCACUGCGCCGUGCCUUGGAACGUCCUGAAAGCCAGCAUGAACGCGUCCUCCGAUCCUGGGCCACCGCCUCCGCUCCCCCUCAGAAUCCAGAAUGACCUCCACCGACAGCAGUAUGCCUACAUCGACGCUGUCUGCUAUGAGAAGCAGCUCCACUGGUUUGCAAAGUUCUUCCCCUACCUGGUGCUCUUGCACACGCUCAUCUUUGCAGCCUGCAGCAACUUUUGGCUUCACUACCCCAGCACCAGUUCCCGGCUCGAGCACUUUGUGGCCAUCCUGCACAAGUGCUUCGAUUCCCCAUGGACCACCCGAGCUCUGUCGGAAACGGUGGCCGAGCAGUCAGGGCGACCCCUGACACUCUCCAAGUCCAAGGUUUUGCUUUCGUCCUCAGGGUGCUCAGCCGACGUCGAUUCCAACAAGCAGCCGUUGCCCUUCCCGCAGCCUGGCUUGGAGUCAGCCGGCUUAGAAAGCCCGGCCUCUAGCGUCCUGGACAAGAAGGAGGGCGAACAGGCCAAAGCCAUCUUUGAAAAAGUGAAAAGGUUCCGCACGCAUGUGGAGCAGAAGGACAUCAUUUACAGAGUGUAUCUGAAGCAGAUCAUCGUCAAGGUCAUUCUGUUUGUCCUCAUCAUCACGUACGUUCCGUACUUUUUAACCUACAUCGCCCUUGAAAUCGACUGCUCGGUGGACCUGCAGGCUUUCACGGGGUAUAAGCGCUACCAGUGCGUCUACUCCUUGGCAGAGAUAUUUAAGGUCCUGGCUUCGUUUUACGUCAUCUUGGUUAUCCUUUACGGCCUCACCUCCUCGUACAGCUUGUGGUGGAUGCUGCGGAGUUCUCUGAAGCAGUACUCCUUUGAGGCGCUGCGAGAGAAGAGCAACUACAGUGACAUCCCGGACGUCAAGAAUGACUUCGCCUUCAUCCUGCACCUGGCUGACCAGUACGAUCCUCUUUACUCCAAGCGCUUCUCCAUCUUCCUGUCGGAGGUCAGCGAGAACAAACUGAAGCAGAUCAACCUCAACAACGAGUGGACGGUUGAGAAACUGAAGAGUAAGCUUGUGAAGAACUCCCAGGACAAGGCAGAGCUGCACCUUUUCAUGCUAAACGGUCUUCCAGACAACGUCUUCGAGCUGACUGAAAUCGAAGUGCUCAGCCUGGAGCUGAUCCCUGAGGUCAAGCUGCCCUCCGCAGUCUCGCAGCUGGUCAACCUCAAGGAGCUCCACGUGUACCAUUCAUCUCUGGUGGUCGACCAUCCCGCCCUGGCCUUCCUAGAGGAGAAUUUAAAAGUCCUCCGCCUGAAAUUUACUGAAAUGGGGAAAAUUCCCCGCUGGGUGUUCCACCUGAAGAAUCUCAAGGAACUUUACCUGUCAGGCUGUGUUCUACCUGAGCAGGUGAGUACCAUGCAGCUGGAGGGCUUCCAGGACUUGAAAAACCUGAGGACCCUCUACUUGAAGAGCAGCCUCUCCCGGAUCCCACAAGUCAUCACAGACCUCCUGCCUUCGCUGCAGAAGUUGUCUCUCGAUAAUGAGGGAAGCAAACUGGUUGUGUUGAACAACUUGAAAAAGAUGGUCCAUCUGAAAAGCCUGGAGCUGAUCAGCUGUGACCUGGAACGCAUUCCACACUCCAUCUUCAGCCUGAAUAAUUUGCAUGAGUUAGACCUCAGAGAAAAUAACCUUAAAACUGUGGAAGAGAUCAUUAGCUUUCAGCAUCUGCAGAAUCUUUCCUGCUUGAAGUUGUGGCACAAUAACAUCGCUUAUAUUCCUGCACAGAUCGGGGCAUUAUCUAAUCUCGAGCAGCUCUUUCUGGACCAUAACAACAUAGAGAAUCUGCCCCUGCAGCUUUUCCUGUGCACCAAACUACAUUACCUGGAUCUAAGCUACAACCACCUGACCUUCAUUCCGGAAGAAAUCCAGUAUCUGAGUAAUCUGCAGUACUUUGCUGUGACCAACAACAACAUUGAGAUGCUACCAGAUGGGCUGUUUCAGUGCAAAAAGCUGCAGUGUUUACUUUUGGGGAAAAAUAGCCUGAUGAGUUUGUCCCCUCACGUGGGUGAGCUGUCGAACCUUACUCAUCUGGAGCUCAUGGGUAAUUACCUGGAAACGCUUCCUCCUGAACUGGAAGGGUGCCAGUCCCUAAAACGGAGCUGCCUGAUCGCGGAGGAAAGCUUGCUCAGCACCCUUCCUCCUCCUGUAACAGAACGUUUGCAGACGUGCUUAGAUAAAUGUUGACCUAAAGGGCAAAUCAUUUCUAAGAGAACACUCCAGGGCUUUAAAUGAGAACUAAAAUUUCCUGAGUUACAAGGAUGAAAAAUGGAUCUUUGUGAGUAACUAGAACCAAAUGUCUUAUUAAAGAAACUCAGUGUCUAUCCCUAAAUUAAACAGGUAAAAAAGUGUUAACACUGAACUGAAGUUUUGUGAGUCACUGGUCUUUAACUUACGGAGGUGUCCGAGGUGCACGUGGAGGGUGAAUGGGGGCGUGACAUUGCUGCAGUUUAUACCCUGAAGAGUAGACAUUUCCUCUCCCCCCCAGCCCCUGUUACUUAUUUGCACACUUGUUUUAGCGGACUUCCUGUUGUGACAUUGGUCACCUAGACCAUAAACGCAUCAAUAUAAAGUCCCUUGAUGUGCCCUCAGUACUGUCUUUGAUUUCUGUUCUUAAAUAUUUUUAAGCAGGGUGCAUUGUGCUUGGCAGAAUUCCUUCUCGGCUCAGUUUUUACUUCCUGUCCCAGCUUCCUUGAGUCUUCCUUUAAUGACAGUGAUGAACGCUGAGGAAGUGCCUGCCUUUGGCCUUUACCUGGAGCAGGAGCAGGGUACUUAGGGCACGUCACCCUCGGGGCGUCCUAAAGAUGAAUGUGUCCGCUGAAAGGUCCUCUUGUGUAUCGUCAAAGCCUUUUUUAUUUGCUAGUAAUUUUUAUAUUCAAUGUAAAACACAUAAAUAUUUUCUAUUAUAUAAUCUUGGAUUCAAAAUCUGUGGGAAUGAUUUUUGUAAGGUACAGGGAACACAUGCAUUUCUUUAAGAAUUUAUUAUUAAUAUGCUUGGUUUGGGCGGCUUAUGAUUCUCAUAUUUGUGUGCAUUCUGCUCCAAAAUGUUUUUGUACUCUGCAACUAAUUACUUUUGGAUAACAAAAGCCUUGUGUUUCAUGCCGUAAAAUAUUUGGGGGUUUCCUUCUAAGAAGACGGCCGUAUCGUCUGCCUCUCUCUUCCCUGGUCGCCCUGCUAUCGCUGUGCUAAUUACUCCCAGAGCUGUGGUGGAGGGGAGAGGCGCAGAUCUGGGUCUUUAAAACUGCCUGUAAAACACUCUGUAGAAGUAAGAGUUAAGCCAAAUACUUUUCUUCUCCGUCUGCAUGAUCUCUAGAUGUGAUAAUGAUGUAAAACACUCAGCCUCUAUGCGGUGGUUCAGAUGAGCUCUCAAAGCUCAGAAAGCAGUAGAUCCACUUAACUGAAAUGCAUCUCAUGCCUUUGUCCAACUUUCCUGGAGUCCAUUUUGCUCUUUUUUAUAAAGAGCUUUGUGCUUGGCCGUUGAUUAUCACGCAUGUUGUAAAAUGAAUAAAAUCGACUGACUCGUUCGGGGGAAUGUGCAUUUCCAGUGCGGUUUCUCUGACGGGCCCAGGCGUCGUGCUGCCGCCUCGCUCUGGACGUAGCCGUGAGGGGAUCUGCCAGCCACGCCUGGACAGACCUGGGAGGCGCACAGAACCGUGAGGUGCGGUGCCUCGUGCUCUGCCCCUUCCAGAGGAUGAAGUGGGUCUUUAAAUUACAGCAAAAUGCAGCUUCCCUCACCUGCCACUCACCCCUGGACUGAUCCACAGAGAAGAGAAUUGUUCACAUCAGACAAAAUUUGAGUAAUACUAACUAUAAAACACACAAGACACCAAAGGCUGCCUAAAACAUUGUUUAUUUUGUUGUAAACAAGUGUAAAAACGCAAUUCUUACCAAAACUUGCCUUUAGUCAGAACACUCGAGUUCUCAGGGACCCAGGCGUAACUGACGAAGCGUUCCUCUAGGGCUUCAGAAAACAGAUUCUCACUCUUUCUAGGGUUUUCUGUUAUGUUCAGUUUUCUUAAUGUGAGUUUUGAUCAUUUUAAUGUUUUGCCUCUGUGUUUCACAAUAGAAUUGUCAUGUGUACCGAGUCCACUGUUGGAUAGGGUUAUCUGGUGUUUGGAACAUGAAUAUGAUACAUGGAGGUAUGUUUAAAUGUUUUGGGCCAUGUAAUUAGCCAUGAUUUGUAUGAAAAUCCCACCCUCUUCUAUAAGAAAGGGUUUUCAAAACCAGUUUUCAGAUUUGCUACCAUUUCUUCGAGACUGGACCUUCCCCAUGGCUAGUCACUGGCUCUGUUUACCUGCAAAAGCCACUAAUCUCGCCCGCUGUUGGAAUCCCAGAAGCGAGUUACUGGCGGGCUCCAUGACGAAUCUUGUACGCUGCUUUCCAGACAGCAGGGAGUGGUCCCUGGAGCAGACUCUGCUGUUCUUGACGCCGUAGCUUUUGGACCUCUUCUUUGCCUCAGCCCCUCGCGUCAGUGUUAGGGAGCUUUUCGGAUGAUGUAGCACUGACGCCACGGACUCUGAGGCCACCCGCUUAAUGUGCAAAAAUCUGGUGUUUGAUGCCACCUCCACUGCUCUGUGGGAGCAGAUCUUCAUUUUGCAAGUGUUUGUAUUCAUAUAAGAGGAUUUUAAAUGAAGAAAAUAAAGUUUGUUCACUUAUAA